CAAAUUCAGUUAGACGAAGUUGACAGGUUAUGGCGGCUGAAGAGAACUUCUCUUCUACAUAAACGAGGAUGGGCCGUUUGUUUCGUGUUAAAGCUGCAGAAUAAUUGUAAUUUCUGGUAUAAAAAGGAAGAUGCCGGUAGCAGAAGUGUCAGUGUCUUUAUUUGAGGUCCUAGAGGUUCGGGGAGCACCUCUUUCGGAACCCGAGAUAUGGGGCAUUGCCUACCAAAGUGCUCUUACUUUACACAACACUCUGGCACAGGGUGAAGGACAUGAGGGGGGUCCAAAUUUCGUUAUAAGCCCGGAUACCCUGACCUUCACCUGUGGUGGGGAGGUACAGUUUCCACACAGUCGUGGGAUUAGUACUGAAGGACACGCCUACGCAGCGCCAGAGUUGAGGCAGAUACCAGACUUCGAAGGAGUCGACACAGAAAAGGUGCACUCCUUCUCCUUGGGGAAAACUUUACGGUAUGCAGCAGAGUACAGCCUCAUAGGGAAUCAGCCCGCCAGGGUGAGCAGUAACCUUCGAGCAGUUCUGAAUUCUAUGUGUGAAGGAGAUCCUUCACAGAGGCCCAGCAUGAUUCAACUGCUCCAGGCAUGUGAUAUGUAUGCAGACAAGUAUACAGAGAUGAAGUCACAUAGCCAGUGUGUAAGAGGCCUGUACAGAACUAUACUGGGCAGUGGAAGUGAGGAGGAAACUAUUCCACAAGCCCAGAACAGUAGCCGCCAGACCAGCUCUUUCCAGAGGGAAAAUAGAGCUAACAGGUCAAGAGGGAAAUACAAGUAUUCACAAAGAAGGGAGCAACAGAGGUCAAGGUCACGAUCAAGGUCAAGGUCAAGGUCUAGGCAUCGUAGUGGAAAUGAAGAAACUGAUUCAGGAUAUCAAGCAUCAUCUAAAAACAAUCGUCAAGAUGUUGUCAAUGGUGUUCACAUACAGGAUGCUGAAAAUAUAUAUGCAGGUCCAGGACAGACAGCACCACCGCCUUACAAGUUGACUAGUCGGUCAGAUCUGAAGCUCGAUUUGACCGAGUCCUCACAGACGGGUCAGUCAUAUCACUUGUCGGACAUUACAUUCUCAUCCUCACAAAACAGUGGAUCUGUGUCUCCAGGGGUAGCCCCUGGACAGAGAACUGGACAUCUUCUCAGUCCAAGGGGCAAGCAUCUGGCAGCAUCCCACAUGGGAAACACAGCUUACGAAAAAUACUUGAGGAUCAAGGAACGUCAGAAAAAACUGAAAGUGCUUCGGCGAGGUUUACUUGGGGAGGGAAGUGACGAGGAUUCACCGAUCACUUUGUCAGAGCGUGCCGAUCAUCUAGCUGACACCAGGUCCAUCAGCUCGGGUGUCUCCUACAACCAAGAAGCCGACCGGAAUAACACAGGUACCUACCUACCUGGGAUACACAUGCAGUAUGGUUCAGAGAUGGCCCUAAGGGUCGGUGGGAGAGACUCCGACAGAGAGAGCAUUGUCAGCAGUGAAUUCUCAUUGUACCAGCAGGAAUACCCAUUGAGAUCUACUGAUCAUGGUCACCACUCACUGCCGGAGAGGGGGGUCAAGGCCAAGGUCAAAGUUCCUCACACCAACACAUCACCAAGGAAACCCAGGGAAUAUUAUGGUCCAGAGUUUGUUCACAAAGCCAGCAAACCUAUCAUCCGAGUGCCAAUUCCUUUACAAGGGGAGAGCUUGAAGAAUCCAUCCCAUGCGAGGCGGGUGGUAGUUGUCCUUCUGACUGGUCAGAAGUUGGAGGCCAUGUGUGACCCCAGUACUACAGGUCAACAGCUGUUUGAGUCGGUCAUCACACACAUAGAACUACCUGAGUUCUUCUUCUUUGGUCUCACCUAUGUCAGUGAUGGAGAGCACUUCUUUGUGGACCCAGAGAUGAAGCUGCACAAAGUGGCACCUGAAGGCUGGAAGGAGGGAUGGAAAGGCAACUUGCCCACCAUCACAUUCACCUUAUAUCUCCGUGUCAAGUUCUACCCUGAUAACAUCCUCCUCUUCAGACAUCAGAUCUCACGGCAUUUGUUGUACCUACAACUCCGCCAUGACCUACUUGAGGAGCGCACCAUGUGUAAUGAGGACAAGGCCCUUACACUCUCGGCCCUCGCCCUUCAGGUAGAGUAUGGAGACUAUGACCAUGACACAAUGGGGCGAAACUACUUCAUGGCAGAACACUACUACCCACAGAGGAUAGUGAAGCGUGUUGGUGUGGGUUACAUACGAGACAACACUCCAGACUUCCACCAGAGGACCGCAGGAAUGGGUGAAACUAAGGCAGAAUUGGAAUUCAUCAAGAUAGCACAACAGUUACCAGAGUAUGGAGUCCACUUCUACAAGCUGUUGAAGAACAAGAAUGAUACUACAAGUGUAAUGUGGAUGGGGAUCACUGUCAAAUGUAUGGUGCUAGCAGAGAACCAAGGCCUACAACGAGCUAUCGACCAACAUUAUGCAUGGAACAUGAUCCAGAAGAUAUCAUUCAACAAGCGUCGCUUCAGCAUCCAACCCAAACCAGACCAUGGUCAGGGCAAACCAACGAAGAUGAAUUAUUACACCAACAGCUAUCGCAAGGGAAGAUACUUAUUACAGUUUUCUACCAUGCAACAUCGAUUCCAGCUGAAGAUGAAAGCCAGAGAGGCGCAGUUGGAUGCCCAAGGUGUGGAUCUGACUAUGGAUACAGAUUCAACAUUUGAGGCCCAGACUGCAGACUUGGAAGAGGAAGAAAGUCCACAGGCAAGUUUGGAGAGUGAAGAUGAUGGACAUAGUGCAGUGGUUGCUAUGACAACUGACAGACAACCAAUUCCAUAUUCACUCCCUCCACCAUACAGGGCCGACACCAGUGUCAGCAUGAUGGACUUGCGCGAAAAAUAUGCAUUGCCUGUCCACAAACGGCGUGGCCCUACGCAUGCUGCAUCCACAGGGGACAUUCUUGAAGAUAUACACAGGGAGAUUCCACAUGAAGCUCAUGUACUAGGAAUGACCACUCAAUCCGUGGAUUUGGUCGACGAGUCAGUGCUCAAUGAAACUAUCAGUGCCACAUUACAACAUCGCCUGAACAGCAGCGAAGUGUCCCCAGAACAGCCUGACAGACAUAUCUUUGAGGUUGUGCUGGGGAAGGACCCCAACACAGGAUUUGGAAUCACCAUUGUAGGUGGGGAGAGUACCAGUAAGCUAGACCUGGGUAUCUUUGUCAAGUCUGUCACCCCAAAAGGCCCUGCCCAGCGUGAUGGCAGAAUCCGCCCUGGGGACAGGAUCAUAGCCAUCAAUGAUCAUAGCCUAGAGGGUCGUCAGCACCACACAGCUGUGCAGAUGAUCCGGGAAUCUGGAUCUCAUGUCAAGCUUCUGAUCUCCCAGGUCAAGUGUCCCGGAUCUCUCCGCCGAAAAGAACAUGAUGAUUCCAUAAUCCGGGAAAAACUCAGACUUUCAAAUGCUAAUCCCCAUGAUUUUCAGCUUUAUUCACAAAUAUCGCGUUAUUCAGAUGAUUUUCUUUCUGGAACAGAGGAAGAGGCUACUGAACUACCUGUUGAAGCAGUAGUUAAUUCUAGUAAUCAUCAAUAUCAUUCUCCAUCGGACCAGUUAAACUCAGCUACAGUUUCUAACAUUCCAUUGAACACGGAUACUAGACAUAAGUAUAGAAAUCAGCAAAUGACUUUGGCAGAUGUGAAUACCACAUCUCAGUUAAACUCCAUUCAAAGUGCAAAGGCACAAGAUGUGGACCAUAAAGAACACAGAGUUGGUGAGGCUGGGUCAAGAACAAAUUCCGACCUUGGUGUAACUAAUGGAGCUGUGAAACAAAGAAGUAGGCCAAGUAAUCAAAGACAAGGGCAGUCGAGAACUGCCAGUACGGCAAGUGAGAAAAGUGAUGAUUUCCAGCCUGGUGAUGUGUUUGAGGUAUUCCUGGAGAAAAAAAAUGGCAGCUUUGGACUUAAUGUAACUGGCGGUGUGAAUACGUCGGUAAGACAGGGAGGGAUCUUUGUCAAGUCUCUUAUUCCUGGCAGUGCUGCAGAACAGGAGGGCUGUAUCAAAAGAGGUGAUCGAAUUCUGUCCGUGGACAGUAAGAGUCUCGUGGGAAUGACUCACAAACAGGCUGUGGAGGCCUUAUGCCAUGCCCCUCCUAUCAGUAAGCUGGUCAUGGAGAGAGGUCAGCACCCCACAUCCCGGGGAGUGUCCACGUCAAACAGGUCAUCACCAGCACCAAACCCUCUACAAACCAGCAACUCAAACAAAGGCAGUCGUGCAAAGUCGGUGCCAGUAGAUGUGAUGCAGGUGUCAACAUCAGUGAAAGAUGGUGGUAACAAGGUCAAAAGUCGCAGCAGUUCAAAAUCAUCACCACUGGAAACUGGUAAGGUCAGGGGUCAGGCAAGGAAAGGAAGCAGUUCCAGGUCAUUACCCAUAGCAAAUACAGAAGACAAUGGUAGGGAAAAUCUACCAAGAAAGAGUAGUAGUUCAAAAUCCUCCCCCAGACCAGUAUCAAGCACUGUGGUUACCCCUGCUGUCAGAACUAGCAAGAAAUCUAUGGACCUUACUAUUAGUGAGGUGAGACCGUCUCACUCCUCUACCACCACUGGUAAAUCUGAUGCCACAGCAGCAACCAGCAUGCAGGACACUGAAGGAUCCCAGUACUACAGCUUUGAUACUGCAGAAGACCAGUUUACUGUGGAUUUGGAACGAGGCAGUAGUGGGCUGGGCUUCAGCGUACAAAAUGCCAGAGACCUUUACCCCACACCCAAUACCUCAGACAGCUUCCUAUGUAUCAAGAAAGUAUUCCCUAUUGGUCCUGCUGCUGAGAGUGGAAAGAUUAAAUCUGGAGAUGUGAUCCUGGAGGUGAAUAGGAAUUCAGUGAAAGGCCUAAGUUUGCCCGAGACUUUAGCAACACUGCGGGCAGCCGCAGCACACGUCACUUUGUUGAUGUGGCGGCCUAACCAGCGGCCCCCCGGGCCAGUAAAUGAAGAUUCACGGACAAGUGAACCGUCACUGUCAUCAAAUUCAUCGAGCCCCAGAAAGGCACAGUCACCGUAUGAGACUGAGUCUGAGGAGGAGCCAAUCCUAUAUAGGGAGUCUGUAAUAACUCCCCCUUCAGGGUUCACAUCCCCACGGGAACAGGGUGAUAAUCAGACAUCUGAAAGUCCCCCUCCUCCACUGCCUGUUAGUCCUCCCCCAACUAUGGAGGGUACUGAGAUUUGGUCCCUUCCUGAUGAGACAGAAUCACAGCAGUCCCUGGAAAUUAGCACAACUUUCAGUGAGGAGGAGGAGGAGGGAGUUCAGGAGGAAGAAGGUGAAAGGUCGCCAAGUCCAGAUUCACAGGAUAGUGAGGGUUCGGGCAAGUCCAUAGUAAGGUCACCAUUGAAGGAUACAAAGUUGUCCAACCAGGAUCUAGGAGCUAUACAGACAACUCUGAGCUCGACUGAAUAUGAUGCCCAGUCAGAGAGGUCUGAAUCUGUGUCACCGAGACACUUCACCUCCAAGAGCGAAGAGUUCCAAAGUAUCCAUGAGUCUCAAACUUCAUUACAGGAAGAAGAAAGUGGUUCUGAGUCAGAAGAGGAAGGGGAUAUUCUCCAACCAGAAGAAUUAGAAGUGAUCUUGAGAAAGGCUGAAGGGAAAGGUUUAGGCUUCACAGUAACUGGUGGAGUAGGUAGGACCGGGGGCUGUUACAUCAAGGGUAUACUACAGGACCCUGCACUUUCUGAUGGCCGGCUUAAACCUGGCGACAAGCUCAUCAAGGUGAAUGAUAUUAAUGUGGCCGAGAUGAACCAUUUCGAGGCAGUAACUUACCUCAGACAAGCUCCCCAACUUGUCCAGCUAAGGGUCUACAGACCCCAGCAACCAAGAGCAGAUAACUCCGAGAAUAGUGGUGGUGAAAAGGUUUCACACCACAAUAUGGGAGAAAGCGAUACAGAGCCAUUCUCCCAGGGAGAAGCUGUCAAGAAGACAGAUGCUCUAUUUUCCUUUUUGGAAGGCCAGGAUAAAAACCUUGAUGAGCAAGACACGGAGAGUGAAGAAGAGAACCCCCGGUGUCUUGGGAGUAAAGAUAGGGAUCUUCGCCGUGCCCUAUCUGACAUUCCGGAGACUAGCGAUGCAGCUCAGUCCUCCGGAGAAUGUAGUACCAGUGAGUACUCGGAAUCCCAAAAUGCAGUGCAACAAACAGCUACCAAGGGGAGAGAUGUAUCCCCCUUGGAAAGGCCGGCGUCUGUAGAAGAUUUUGAAGGAAAUUCGUCUCUGUUUAGUAAUGUAGGAUUGAUGAAGGUAGAACUUGAAAAGCCUAAAGGAACAGAGCUGGGAAUCAGUCUGGUGACGGCAGAGAAGGACAAUCAAACAGGUGUAUUCAUCAGAUCCAUUGCUGACGGAAGUGUGGCCCAGCAAGAUGGCCGUCUGUGUAUUAUGGACAGACUGGUACAGAUAAAUGAUGAAGCCCUAGUAGGCUUUACACACACCAAAGCUGUGGCCAUGCUGAAGAAGGCAGAGGACAGGGUGACGGUUACUAUCUCAAGGCUUCCCUCAAGGCAGCUGGAGUUGAUGACACCGCCAGUGAUAAUGGAGGACGAUAGUAUGAACACACUCAAAUCUGAAUCUGACUAUAGGACAUCUGAGGUAAAUCAUGUGGAACCUGUCACCUACACAGGGUCGGACAGGGAGGGUUCUGUAUACGACUCGGACGAGGAUGACAUGCAUGCACUUGUGUAUGAGGCUGAGAAACUCUUAGCUGCAGAGGAAACCAUUGAGCUGGAACCUACUGAACUGAAGGAGGAGAUGUCAGAAACUGCAUCUCGGUCAGCUAGACAGAAAGCGAGCUACCAUGAUUCUGAUGUGGAAGCAGCAGAGAUAGAGAGUAGGAAUGAGGCCAGUUUGAGUACAACAUUCCUUAUAGAAGCUAAAGCAAGGAAAAUUGAUGUUGAGAUACCUCAACAGAUUACUAAUGAGUGGCUCGACUCUCUGCCAUUGUUGUUAGUUACAGAGGAACAUGCUGCCAAUGUCACCGGCCUGAUUCCACUUCUUCAGCGCAAGAUAGAACAUGAUGAUCCCAUGGAGGAGUAUAAGGAGCUCCGCCUGGUCAAGAUGAGUGACAACUGUUCUGUAGGAAGACUGCCAGAGAACAAGUCAAGAAACAGAUUCAGAAAUGUUCUGCCAUAUGACCUGAACCGUGUAGAGCUCUGUAGCGAGAAUGAUUAUGUGAACGCAAGCCACAUUAUUUUGAAUGUGGCCAACACAGAGUGCCACUACAUUGCUUGCCAGGGUCCACUACCUAAUACCUCGGAGGACUUCUGGCAGAUGGUUUGGGAACAGACUGUCAGUGUCAUCACCAUGUUGACACAGGAUGUUGAGUCACGUAAAGUCAAGUGUCAUCGGUACUGGCCAGACUCCAUGGAGACACCAUUGUUCGUGUGUGACAGCCAAUACAAAGUGAGCUUGAAAUCAUUCCAGUCCACUGAACAUUUAGAUGUUCGACACAUUCAAAUUGAAAAUGUCACCACGAGGGAGAUUCGGGAUAUACGCCAUAUCAAUUAUAUCACGUGGCCAGAUCACGGUGUCCCAGACUCUGCCAUACCUAUCUUACAGUGUAUGCAAUUGGUUCAUGCGUACCACACGACAGGACCACUUGUGGUGCACUGUAGUGCGGGUAUAGGGAGGACAGGUGCCUUCAUCACGGUAGACAUGGCUCUGGCACAGAUAGAACAAAGCUGUUCAUGUGAUAUCUUCGAGAUAGUGAAAGAGUUGAGACGACAGAGACCUGGAAUGAUACAGACCAAGGACCAGUACAUGCUGUGUUACUGUGCCUGCAUUGAAGCCCUACUCAGUCAGACCAGCUGACAGUAACCACCAUGCUGACUAGGAAGUGUUGGUGUUCUGUUUUGACAUUAAAACAGGAACAAUAUGGUAGUUUACACCUUUAAGCCAAAGAACAACAUGGCUUUUGUGUUAUAUGUUAUUCCAGGGAAGGAGGAUCGUUCUGACCAUCGGUCACACAACUGUGAAUUCUAUACAUUUUACAAAUUAUUUUUUUCGCAAGUGAGAUCGUUAUUUAACCUUGACAAUUGAAAUCGUGAAUAAUUUUACUUACAUUUAGUUAGUGCUACUCCAGUAGUUCAAUUUCAUAACACAAACUAGAUCUUAAUUGAUGUAUUCAUUAUUAACAUAACAUAACCCAGUGCAAUCUAUAUAUUAUGAUAUUUAACCCAUGUCUUCCAGUACUACAAAGUUCUAACAUAUAGGUCAGAAUAUUGCUGUAUGUCAGACAUGUUUAGGCCAGUCCUUAUUUAUUGUUAGGUAAUUGUGUUCCGGCCGCCAUGUUGGGUGGGCUCUGGUGGUUGUGGGAUAUGGUUUGUUUCUGUCGGUCACAGCUGGUGGUGUCUGUAACCCAUAGUUACCUGUACAUGAUGUAUGUAUCACGGUUUUUGUGUUAUAUUUAUGUAUACCAUACAAGUGUUCUACUAUAAUAACCUAUUUUAGACAUUAACCUAUGUGUAUUUUUUUUGUGUGUUUUCAUAUAAAAUUUGAUAUUUGUGUUUGUCAAAUAUUGAAAAAUAAGGAUCCCUCAUGCUGUACAUAUCGUUUAUCAUUUGAAAAUAUUACAAAAAAUAUUAUAUUUUAAACAAUAAAUUGAUAUUAGAUUAAAAAAACAACACUUCUGUGUUAACUGAGUAAUAUUUGAUAUUUUAAUGAAAAAUAGCAUGCUUUUGGCCGUUAACAACAUUUCCCCCUUAGUUUUAACUCUGUAUAACUAUUAACUGAAGCAAAAAACUAAAAUCAAAUAAAAAAA